GAAAUCUUAACGAAUGAAUGAAUGAGCCAUCGCUGCCCACCUUCCCUCCUUUCUCUCGCCAUUGAUGCUGCUCUUUUCAAUCUCCACAACAUCUCCGAUCUCUCUUUCCUUCCUGAACACAUUCUCAUCGACCUCUUCCUGAGAACCCUAAAGGCCGGGAAACUAAACCCUAGGAUUUUGAAGGUUUUUGUUGCAACUGGAAACGAAGAAAUCCUUUCAAUGAUUCGAGCACUUAAUAUACAACUUGUUCUCACCCCUAUCCUCCCUACUAGAUGUUCGGACAAGUUCUAAUUAAAACAAUUAAUUAAUUUUUAAUUAAAUUUAUCAAAAACAUGUCUCAAGUAACCAUAGACACCAACGAAAUCGACAUCGUAAUCGCCGCUUUCCAUUCCGACCUCACCUCCUUCCUCGAA